CAUUUCACAACAAUAUUUUCGAAGACUAAACUUCUGUGCCAUAUUUCUCGUUGUUUCCGGUUAACUAAAAUUGGUGUCCGAACAUAAAACCUCCAAGAUCCUCUGUCAACUAGGGAUUUUCGACUAUAGUCGACUUUUGAUGUUAUCAACCAUGCGCAUAAUGAUGACAUACCUUCCACCUCCACGAAUACACGGUAUCCAAGUGCAAAUUAAUUGGUUAUCCUAUGCUGAUGAUAUUUCUCAUUAUAACUUGCUCUUUGUCAAGAGUAACACCAAAGUGUGAAUUUUGGGAGGAGUCAAAAAAAAUCGUUUACUGAAACCUCAGGAAAACUCAACCAUUUGACCAAAACUUAAAUAAUGUAAUUUGACUUUAGUUAGCGGCUACACACAUAAGACUUAAAACGAUUUCAGUGAAGGAUAAAGAAAAAAUCAAAAAGCUUAAUAAUGGGACGAUAUUGCUUAUUUAGUAUAGAUAAUAUUUUAAGGAAGAACUCUAUGUCAGAGUCGAGUUUCCAAGCUAAUACUUCGAGUGUAGAAAACACAUCAGCAAAAAUUAUAGCGAGAAGAGGAAAUGAUUCCUUGCACUUGUUGAGCUCUGUAAAUAGUAAAGAGAUUGAAGCCUAUGAAAAGUUUAUGGGGGAUUGUGGAAAACUCAACAUUCCUCUUACUUACGACUCCAUGAACUCAUCAUAUUUUCAGCAUAAGCCCCAAACUGCUAAUUGGCUGAAGAUCGUAACUGUGCAAGGAAAUCAAUUUAAAAAAAAAUGUGUUGACAGAAAGCCACGACAAGCAUAUAGUUCAAAGCAGCUGGACCGGCUUGAACAUGAGUUUAAGCUUGAUAAAUACCUGAGCGUUAGCAAACGUAUAGAGCUAUCUCGAUCAUUACUUUUGACGGAGGCUCAAAUAAAAACUUGGUUUCAAAAUCGUAGAACAAAGUGGAAGAAACAACUAACAUCACGCCAAAAACCAUUUCAAAGUCCAGAAUUAUACAAUAUUACAAUUAAUAUCCCCAACUAUAAAUCCGUAAUAACUCAUUCAUCCUAUGAACAAGCUACUCGUAUUUACACUGCACGUCAAUUUUGCCAAAUUAAAUCUGAAAUAGACUCCUACGGCAAUAACAAGGAAUAAAAUUAGAAGGGACGUGUGAGACGCUUCUUAAGCGUCACAAC